ACCCCCACAUCUGUCAUUUCAAUCUGGAGCACGCUUCACACACGACCUAAAAAUGAAGUACAUUUUGCGGAAAUUUUGGUGUAAUUCCAACUUACAAACUGCCGUUUUCAUUUACGGAGUUCUGACAUCGGUUUUUUCUGGCAUCUUGCUGAUUACGACUCUUUCAACCGACAUGUUUAAAGAAUGCAGAUACAGCUACAAGGAAACUUACAACAACGUCCGUCUCUACUAUGAUUGCACAGCAGAGACCACACCGGUAUAUUGGGUGAUGGUGGAUUUAUCGAUUGUGCAUAUGAUUACGUCCAUCUUCCUUACUAUCGGUGUCGAAAAGAAAAAUGUCUUUAUGAUAAUGCCAUGGCUGGUAGUUCAAGCGAUAACAUUCAUGCCACUUAUUCCGAUCAUUGUUGGUGUUCUUUUAUGCUUUGCGAUUGUUUCGUUUCCGGUCUACAUUUGGUGGGCCGCGCUUUCGAUAUUAAUGACACUGCGAUCAGAAGUACGGCAAGACACAGGUCGGUCACCAUCCUCGGUCGCAGCAACGGCACCAUCAGCGAUCGCAGUGUAUUCAAAUACUUUCGAGGAUGUUCAACUUCCAGCUUACAAGGAUGUUGUUCCAGAUGGCGCUACUAAAUACAACGUGUAACAGCCAGCAUAUAAUUUGCUGUCUAACGAA